CAACCAUGACUGCGGAGAGCUCGGACGUUCCCAAAGAGUUGCUAGAAAGCGUCAAGGAUAUAAUUGGAAGGAAGAUAAAAAUUUCAGUGAAAAAGAAGAUUAAACUAGAAGUUAAAGGUGACAAAGUGGAUAACAAAAUACUGGUGCUAACAUCAUGCCGAGCCUUUAUGCUAACAUCCCGCAUUCCUACAAAACUAGAACUAACUUUCAGCUACUUGGAAAUCCAAGGGGUCACCAGCAAUAAACCAGGCCAGCUGAUUGUAGAAACUGAAAAAUGCAACAUUUCUAUGAAGUUGGCAUCCUCUGAAGAUAUCCAUGAAGUAUUGGCCCACAUUGGAACAUGCCUUAGGAGGAUAUUCCCUGGUCUUUCUCCAGUAAGAAUAAUGAAAAAAAUAAUUCUGGAGCCCCCAGAAAGAUUGGCUAAUCUGCAGACACUUUGGGACAGCCAAAGCGUGACAGAACUAGGACCAUGUGGAGGUUUUUCUCAAAUGUAUGCUUGUGUUUGUGACUGGCUGGGGUUUCCAUAUAGGGAAGAAGUUCAGUGGGAUGUUGAUACAAUUUAUCUGACUCAAGAUACCAGGGAAUUGAAUUUGCAAGACUUCAGCCAUCUUGACCACAGGGAUUUAAUACCGAUAGUUGCUGCUCUAGAAUAUAACCAGUGGUUUACAAAGCUUUCCUCCAAGGAUCUGAAAUUAUCCGCUGAUGUUUGUGAGCAGAUCCUGAGGGUAGUGAGCAGAUCCAAUAGACUGGAAGAACUAGUACUGGAGAAUGCAGGUCUUAGAACAGAUUUUGCACAGAAACUGGCCAGUGCCCUAUCCCAUAAUCCCAACUCAGGACUUCAUACAAUUAACCUUGCCGGCAACCCCUUGGAGGACAGAGGUGUGUCCUCACUAAGUGUUCAAUUUGCCAAACUACCAAAGGGGCUGACACAUUUAAAUGUAUCUAAAUCCUCACUAUCACCUAAAGGGGUGAACAGCCUUUCCCAGUCACUGAGUGCCAACCAGCUGUUAGCUACCACACUCACCCAUCUUGAUCUCUCAGGGAAUAUUCUUCGGGGUGAUGACCUUUCACACUUAUAUAACUUUUUGGCCCAGUCAAAUGCCAUUACACAUCUGGAUUUAUCCAACACGGAGUGUGCAUUAGACAUGAUGUGUGGAGCACUUCUCCAUGGAUGCCUCCAGCAUCUUGCCAUUCUAAACCUAUCCAGGACAGUUUUUUCUCACAGAAAAGGGAAGGAAGUCCCCCCAUCAUUCAAACAGUUUUUCAGCAGUUCACUUGCUUUGAUGCAAAUCAACCUUUCAGGGACUAAGCUCCCUCCUGAACCACUAAAAGCGCUCUUAUUGGGCCUUGCUUGUAACCAAAAUUUGAAGGAGGUGUCUCUAGAUCUGAGUAGCUGUGAGCUAAGAUCAGGAGGGGCACAAGUCUUGGAAGGAUGUAUAGCCGAAAUACACAAUAUCGCCAGCCUAGAUAUUUCAGACAAUGGCCUAGAAUCUGACCUUUCAACCCUGAUAGUCUGGCUUAGUAAAAAUCGAUCAAUACGACACUUGGCAUUGGGCAAAAAUUUCAACAACAUGAAAUCCAAAAAUCUGGCCCCUGUUCUUGAUAAUUUGGUACAAAUGAUUCAAGACGAAGAAUCACCCUUGCAGUCACUGUCUCUAGCAGAUUCCAAGCUGAAGACAGAGGUUACUAUCAUUAUCAAUGCACUGGGAAGCAAUACAUCUCUGACAAAAGUGGAUAUUAGUGGAAAUGGAAUGGGCGAUAUGGGAGCAAAGAUGCUAGCGAAGGCUCUUCAGAUAAACACCAAACUCAGAACUGUUAUAUGGGACAAGAAUAAUAUCACUGCACAGGGCUUCCAGGAUAUAGCAGUGGCAUUAGAAAAGAAUUAUACCCUAAGAUUCAUGCCUAUACCUGUGAAUGAUGCUUCUCAAGCACUUAAAACGAGCCCUGAGAAAACCGAAGAGGCACUCCAAAAGAUAGAAAACUAUUUGCUUCGAAACCAUGAGACCCGGAAAUACCUACAGGAGCAAGCGUACCGACUGCAGCAAGGCAUAGUUACUAGUACAACACAGCAGAUGAUAGACAGAAUAUGUGUUAAAGUACAAGACCAUCUCAACUCACUGAGGAACUGUGGUGUUGAUAGUAUUCAAGAAGAUCUGAAAUCGGCCGAAAGACUGAUGAAAGACGCUAAGAACUCCAAAACAUUGUUACCAAACCUUUAUCAUCUUGGUGGAACUUCAUGGGCGGGAGCAAACGGCUCCUUAUCCAACCCAAUUCAGGAAACACUUGAAUCAAUGGCUGUGGAGGUCUCCAGGGUUGUGGAUGAUCAACUCAAGACAUUACUUGAGUCUAUGGUGGAUGCAGCUGAAAACCUCUGUCCAAGUGCAAUGAAGAAAGCACACAUACGGCAAGAUUUGAUUGAAGCAUGUACUGAAAAGAUUUCUAUCCCACGGACUUUUGUUAAAAAUGUUCUGUUGGAGCAGUCUGGAAUCGAUAUCCUCAAUAAAAUUAGUGAAGUGAAGCUGACGGUGGCCUCUUUCCUUUCGGACCGAAUAGUAGAUGAGAUCCUUGACGCCCUGUCACUUUGCCAUCAUAAGCUGGGUGACCAUUUGACCAGGCGAAACAAGUCCCUGCCCCACCAGGAAUCAUUAGAAAUUGAACUAGCAGAGGGAAAACCUACUAAACGUUCCAUCAUCACAGUAGAGGAGUUGACUGAAAUUGAACGUUUGGAAGACUUAGAUACUUGCAUGACUCUCUGCUGUACAAGUAUGACUCCUAAGUCAAAAAGAAAGAGCAUCCACAGCAGAAUGUUGCGACCUGUGUCCAGAGCUUUUGAAAUGGAGUUUGAUUUGGACAAAGCUUUAGAAGAAGUCCCCAUCCACAUAGAAGACCCCCCGUUCCCUUCAGGUAGACUGGACAAACGGAGUUCUGGGUUCAUUUCAGAGUUGCCUUCUGAGGAAGGGAAAAAACUGGAACACUUUACAAAGCUAAGGCCGAAAAGGAAUAAAAAACAACAACCCACCCAAGCUGCUGUGACUACUACUGCAGCACCCCAGGAAGGAGAACAGAAUGGUCUUAUGGGAAGAGUAGAUGAAGGUGUCGAUGAAUUUUUCACCAAGAAGGUGACAAAGAUUGAUUCAAAGAAGCUCUCAAUGAGAAGUUCAGACGCCAGUGACACCGGGGAAACAGUUGAUGAAAAGAAAAAGAGAGAUUCUCGGAAAAGCGGCUUUCUCAGUUUAAUAAAAUCUAGAUCCAAAUCUGAACGAUCUCAGACUGUAACAGUGUCAGAAGAGCCUGCAGCGCCCAAAGGGGUUGUCAAAGGCCCUACAACAACAGAUUCUACAAAGAAAGAGACCAAGUCAGUGGAACAGAACGGCAGCACUGAAAAAAAUGAGGAAUUAAAAACCCCAGACUCUAUAGAAGAGGCUUCCUUGGAGGAUGCUGCGAAAUCUGAGAAGAGCGACAGCAAAGGCAGUCCUCAAGGAGGGCGUAGAUAUGGGGUGCAAGUGAUGGGCAGUGGACUUCUAGCAGAAAUGAAGGCCAAGCAAGAACGAAGAGCUGCGUCAGCCCAAAAGAAAUUUGGGAAUGAUGCAAGAGACUCAGCUGACCUCUCAGUGAACUCAGAACGGUUGGAUGGAAGUAGUACAGUAGCUAAGUUCCAUCAAGCCUCCCCAGAGAGCCGUUUCGCCUUGAGUAAAGGUGAUUCCAUCACGGCUUCAUCAGAAAAAAUUACCAAAGCCGAACCAAAGACAGAAACUGGGGUAAGGACACGAAGUUCUUCCAGUACACCUACCAGUCCAAAGCCUCCACUUCAGUCAACAAAGCCCAGCCUUGCUGGGCGGCCUACAGUUCCUCAGAAGCCACGUUCUGCCUCUCGGACUGAGGAUAUCCCAGAGUCUCCAUCUGGUCCAAGUUCUCCAAAAAUAGCUCUGCUUCCACCUGUUUUGAAGAGAGUUCCUUCUGAAAAGGAAAAAGAUGGGCAAAGCAGCCCCCAGCCUGCUAUUAGAUCUCUUUCCCAGGAAGGUCCAAAGAGAAACCCUGGACAGCAGACUUACGAGUUCCAAGAGCAAAGACAGAGAUCUUUAAGUAAAGACGGCCAGCAAGGAAGCAAGUCCAGUGAUUCUGGAGAAGAAGCAGAUAAAGAUUUUAUUUUUGUUUAGUUGCUUCAUCAUGUGCUCGGCAGUGCAAGGUAUAUGUUCUUGGUUAUUUUUGUAAUGACAAGGGUACAGCUGUUGGUUGCUCUUUUUAAUCUGCCUUUUUUUAUAGAGGUGCAACCAGAUUUCAUGGAUUGGUUUCUUUUUUUCUGACCUCGUUGAUUCCAGUCAUUCCCUUUCAAGCCUUCGCUAAAGCCAGCAACUAUGUCAUGUUUCUACUUGAAUUUCUCUGAAGCAGCUACAAAAAUUAUGCCUUGCAUUGGAGCCUUGAAGGAAAACCAAGCAAAUGAACUGGGCAUUUUCUUACACUAACCCACAUUGUACAGCAGGUGAGGUGUUGUACUGCUUAAUGUAAAUGUGUCAAACUUGCACGCAACUUACUUUAUAAAUAUAUUCUUGCUGAAUGCAAUUGCACAUUGUAAUUAUAAUUAUAUCAACAGAGCACACUAAUAAAAGAAUUUGUAUAAAUAAUAUAUAUUAGAUGCUUGAAUAUGGUUUUUACAUUCUCCUUUGGGAGACUUUUUCCUGUUUGUUGUACUGUAUAUAAGAACACAAUCUCUUACAUUUGUGUACUGUUCAAAAGCACAACAAAGAAAACGACUGAAUUACUAUUAUCUUGCUAUGCUUCCACAUCUGUAGGUAAAUGUAUGUUGUCUAUUGGAAUGAGGAUAAUGACAAUUUUAUUACUACUGGUAUUUUCUAGAAACUGCCUUAGAUUCUGGCUACAUUCUCUAACUUUUAACACACUUUAAAAAAGAAAAGUAGUUUGUCAUCUGUAAAAGCAACUUCCGCUUUUUAAAUUUGCAUAUCUCACAGACAUCGACUUACAAAACUGUCUGAAGGAAUUUAUUCAUAAUGUAUAUUUGUACCAAUAAAAAUGAUUUUACAACUGGAAUA